AUGGUCUCCCAACGUAAGAUACCCGGAGAUCAACUGCAACUCAGGACACCUGCCCUGGUACAGGGGGAAGAGCCAGCAAAAGCCCAGCUAGAUCCAGAACCCCUACCAACAAUCAUUCAGACAGUAAGAGAGGAUCUUGAUGUCCUGAAGAAGUUCUAUAAUGUCCCUUUAUCGCCAAAGCGUCAUGAGAAGAUUCAACGUUAUCUUGAGGACAAGCUAAGUGAAAUCUCUAAGCUGCAGUUCGACAAGCUCAAUCAAGCCGGCAAGGUUGAUUACAUUUUGCUGAAGAACUACCUGAAAAGCUCACUGCAGCGAUUGAAAUUCGAAUUGGUCAAAGACGUCAAGGUUCUCAACCUCGUUGGAUCCUUUGCAUACACAAUCAUUGAGCUUUGCGAAGCACGGCAACAGGUUCAAAAGGUCGAUUUCCAACAAGCUGCAUCAAAGCUGACCCAGGCGCAUGGUAGACUUACCGAUCUUACUCGAGCGAUAUCGGAAGGCGUCUUGAAGGGGAAAGUUGAAAGUACAAUUGCCUACCGCGCCGCUUAUCAACUUGGAGACCUUCAAUCUGUCUUGGGUGAAUGGCAUGAUUUCUACACCGGAUAUGAACCGCUUUUCAACUGGUGGAUGUCCCAGCCCUACGACAAGUUCCAGACAGGUCUUACUGGUCUCAUUCAGUCCAUCAGAAAGGACCUAGUUGGUCUUGAGAACUUGGAAGAAGACCCGAUCAUUGGAGAGCCAAUCGGCCGUGAUGGGGUACUGGCUGACUUGAAUUUUGAAAAGAUUGCCUACACGCCCGAAGAACUCAUUCGCAUAGGUGAAAAGGAGUACUCCUGGUGUCUGGUGGAGGCCAAGAAAGCAGCUCAUGACUUGGGCUACGGUUCAGACUGGCGAAAGGCCCUAGAACAUGUGAAAAACAUGUACGUUGAGCCAGGCCAGCAGAUAUACGGCAUUCGCGAUUUGGCGGUUGAGGCCACAGAUUAUGUGAAAAAGCACGACCUCAUCACUGUCCCUGAAAUCGCUGAGUCAUGGCGCAUGUUGAUGAUCUCCCCCGAGCGUCAAAAGGUCAAUCCAUUCUUCCUCGGAGGCAAUACUAUCCAGGUCUCAUAUCCAACGGACACGAUGUCGCACGAAGAGAAACUAAUGUCCAUGCGUGGCAACAGCAUUCCACUCUCGAGGUCUACUGUCUUUCACGAACUCAUCCCUGGCCACCAUUUGCAAUAUCACAUGAUCAAACGCCAUCGUCCCUAUCGUCGUAUCUUUGAUACUCCUUUCUGGAUGGAAGGCUGGGCAUUAUACUGGGAGUUCAUCCUUUGGGAUAAGGGAUUUCCUGACACACCAGAAAAUCGAAUUGGCAUGUUAUUUUGGCGCAUGCAUCGUUGUGCUCGGAUCAUAUUCUCACUCAAGUUUCACCUUGGUCAGAUGAGUCCUCAAGAAUGCAUAGACUUUCUGGUGGAGAAGGUGGGCCAUGAGCGGGCAACUGCUACAGGAGAAGUCCGUCGAUCGUUCAAUGGCGACUAUUCGCCUCUCUACCAAGCCGGAUAUAUGCUAGGAGCCCUGCAGCUAUACGCACUUCGUCAGGAAGUGCUGGGCAGCGGCACGAUGAGCGAGAAGGGCUUCCACGACAAGAUCUUGCAGGAGAAUGAGAUGCCUAUCGAAGUGCUACGAGCCCUCCUUUGUAAUCUUCCACUUGAUUCCGAUUUCAAGGCCUCGUGGAGGUUUUAUGGAGACAACUUAGCCAUAUGA